CCGGCGCCGUCGCCUUGGCGACACCGGCCGCGUCCGCCAUGAUCCCGCCGCCGGACUCGCUGCUGCGGUACAACCCGCCGGUGCUCGUCAGCCGCCGCACGGAGAAGCGCUCCCCCGGGGCCCGCCCGCUGAAGGGGACCCCGCCGCCGCCGCCCCGGACUGCGACCGCCGCCGAGGCCGCGAAGCCACCGCAGGAGCUCCUCAACGCCAUCCUGCCGCCGCGGGAGUGGGAGGAGGAGAACCAGCGGUGGGUGCAGGAGGUGUCCAGCGCGCCCAGCACCCGCCUGGAGGUCGUGCACCUGCAGGAGCAGCUGGACCUGCGGCUGCGGCAGCGGCAAGCGCGGGAGACCGGCAUCUGCCCCGUGCGCAGGGAGCUCUACGCACAGUGCUUUGACGAACUGAUCCGUGAAACUACAAUUAACUGUGCAGAGCGAGGGCUGUUGCUGCUUCGAGUCAGGGAUGAAAUCCAAAUGACAAUUGCGGCUUAUCAGACGUUGUACGAGAGCAGUGUUGCGUUUGGCAUGCGGAAAGCACUACAAGCUGAGCAAGGCAAAUCUGACAUGGAAAAAAGGAUUGCAGAGCUGGAAGAGGAAAAGCAGGAGUUGGAAAGACAAGUGAGUGAACAGAAAGCUAAGUGUGAAGCUAUUGAAAAACGUGAAAAUGAGAAGCGACAGAUAGAAGAGAAGAAACACACCGAAGAGGUUCAGUUCCUGAAGAGAACGAAUCAACAGCUGAAGGCCCAACUUGAAAGCAUCAUUGCACCAAAUAAGUAGAUUUCUUGUUGUCCUCCAGGCAGUGUUCAGAAGCGCUGUCAGAGCAAGAAGUUUGCAAUUAGUGACAAAGAUUUGUCUUCAUAAAACAAUCUUGAAUUUUCACUUACCGGUAACUGAAGGCAGCAUAAUUGUAUUCUUUCUUUUUCUCUUGAAGAGUUGAAAUUCAAGAGCUUCAUUAAUUACUUUCAAUGCCAUCUUAGCGUUCAGCUCCCUGAUUAGUGAACCUGUCUGGGACUUGCCUGGUGGUAGUGUGCUAGAUGACCUUCAAAGCAGUAAACUAACAAACAUUUUUAUAUGCAAGCAUCUCUAACAUUAUUACUUUGAAAAUGUUGUAGAAAAUUCAGAAACAAUAUGCAAAGUGUCUACAAUAAAUAUAAGCCACAUUCAAAGAAUCAAAUUGCAGGUAAUUCUUGGACUGGUGUUUGGAGGGUAGUCCCUUGAGUACGUGCAAGUUGGUGUUAACUGUACAUCAAAAUCCCUUGUCGGAACCGUUAGCAGUAACCCGGAAUGAGCUCUCUACGUGGUUAUUUCUAAUGAACCGUUCCACACAUCACUUCCGAGUGGAAGCAAAUGAAACCUUUGAGGUACCUGUGUAACCAGCCGGUCAUACACAGCAAGCUGGCACAGGAAAGAUAAUCCACUGUAGUCAUAUGAAGAACUCCACAAAGCUAGUUUCCAGAAAAACCCUAGCAAACCCCCACCACUGAGUAACACUUCGGGAUAUGAUUUGCCAAGCCAGUGUUUACUGGCCUUAGAUGGUGAUGUGGAAAUACCAUGAUCUCCAGUUGCAUAAAGAACUUUCAGAUGAUGCAGAAACAAAGAGUGAGAUGCUACUCCUGGGAACAAGACAGACAAGUCAAACUAGGCUUUGAAUGGGAACGACAAGUUUUAUAUUAAAAAAAGCCACUGCAUACUAGAGCUGUUUUAUGUAAAAUUUAAUAGAAUAAGCAGUUAUUGCUUAUGUUUGUAUUUUUUGUGCUUUGAUCUUUGUCCCUCCAAGCCAGUUUUUUUCUUGUUCUUAUUCUUAUUUUUCACGUUGUGAGUUUCAUAAUACCGGACUCCAACUUUCUUGGAGCGCUGCUGCCUCUCAGCUCGUCUUCUCUGCAAAUACACACAAAACACAUUAGCAAAUCCACAGUGUCCUUAGCCUGAAUUUGUUUGCAUUCUUUCAAGUGUUGUUCACUUUGCAUUCCACAUGUCUUAAGUAAAAUAAAUAAUUUCAAACAAAA